AUGUUCACAGCAAGAAAUAUAGAUUCCCGUUAUGAUCUUCAAAUUUUCAAAGCACCAAAUUUUGGAAUCGGCUGUGAUAUGAGAAUCCUUUCUUUGUCAAAGUACGGCUGGCUCGCUUUUUCUGCUACUGAAGACAUAUUAAAAAUAAGAGUAGAGGUAGAGGUAAAGGUAGUAAACAAGUUAUCUGAAUCACUUCUUCACAAAGAACCUUUUUGUAUUCAUAAAAUUCACCGUGGCCAUCAUACUGGCCCAUUGACCUCAAGAGAAAAUAACAGAGAAAGAAAGGUGGGCUGUCUCUAUUACUCUACCAACAGGUUUGGUCGAUUGCGGGGUAAUGGGAAAAAUUACAAGCAUACCAUUGGGCGUACAUGA